UCAGUCGCUUCAAAGUCGAAGUCAUGAAGACAUACGAGAUGCUGGUGGCUGUGGCCCUUGGGGUCAUAGGCCUUAGCCUCACAGUCAACGGCCACUGCUGGGAGAGAAGGUACGACCGCGACAGCUUCGUGUGUCUCUGCAACGCCACCUGCUGCGACGAGCCCGGCAUCUUGGCCGCCCCAGAGGCCGGCACCUUCGCCCACUACGUCUCUGACAGAGCAGAGUUCAGGAUAGAAGCUUUCAGUGGACCCAUCGAAGAUGCCGCAGGAUCUGCACCGGCAUCGGUUAACGUGGACACGACGCAAACGUACCAGACCAUCCUAGGCUUCGGAGGAGCCUUCACCGACGCCGCUGGACAGAACUUCAACUCCCUCUCUCCCGCCACCAAGGAUUGGCUAUUGAGGGCAUACUGGGCCCCAGAAGGUAGUGAGUAUAACAUCGGCCGUGUACCCAUCGGUGGCUGCGACUACUCGCCUCGCGCCUACACCCUCGACGACGUUGAAGGCGACGUCGAACUAGUCCACUGGUCCCUUCAGCCCGAAGACUACAACUACAAGAUUCCCAACGUGAAGACAGCCAUGCGCCUCAGUAACGAGGAAAUUCUGAUCUUCGGCUCCCCCUGGUCUCCCCCCAUUUGGAUGAAGAGCAACAAAAUGUUCAACGGCACCGGCUACCUCCUACGCGAGUACUGGCAGCCCUACGCCAACUAUAUUGUCAAGUGGGCCCAAGCCUACGAGUCAGAAGGUGUCCCUCUGUGGGGCCUAACUCCCCAGAAUGAGCCACUCGACCAGGAAGAAGAUUGGGUCAUCAACUCGUGCCGCUGGCACCCGGACGAGAUGAGGGAUUGGAUCAGAGACUACUUGGGACCAAGUCUGGAGGCCGCAGGAUACGGCAGGCUCAAGAUGAUGGCUUGCGACUUCAACCGCUACACGUUGCCAUACUACGUCGAGCCUUGCUUCGCGGACCCCGACUGCAGCAAGUACGUGGACGGCGUGGCCGUUCACUGGUACUCAGACGAUGUCGACUCUCCUGACGUUCUCCUCGCGACGAGAGAUUUGGACCCGUCCAAGUUCAUCCUCUACAGCGAGGCUUGCAACGGCGUGUUUGCACCAGAAGGAGACGAUCUGCUGUUUGGAGACUGGGAACGUGGAGAGCGCUACCUGAAAGACAUUCUUGAGAACCUCAACCACUACUCGGUGGGCUGGGUAGACUGGAACAUGGCCUUGGACACCGUUGGAGGUCCUCACUGGAUCGGCUCGACCCUUGAUGCUGCAAUCAUCGUCAACGCUACUGUGGAUGAGUUCUACAAGCAGCCUAUGUUCUACGCCAUCGCACACGUGAGCAAGUUCUUCAAGCGCGGAGACGUGCGCGUCGACGCCAUCCCCACAUUGGACACGAUAAAUGCCGCUGCCGUGACCAAGCCCGACGGUUCAGUCGCAGUCGUCGUCCUCAAUUUGGCUGAGGAGGCCACCGGCUUGACCAUCUCGGUUGACGGGACGCGCUUCAUCAACGUCGACAUUACGGCCAAGAGCUUCAACAGCUUCGUUGUGCCCCCCGCUUAAUAUAUAUUGUAUGAGUGCUUCAUGUGAUUUUUGGAAUAAAUGCGGUGAUCAGAGA